AUGCCUGUACAGUCCACGAAUGGCAACGGUGCCGUCAAUGGCGCCGACUUUGGCCAGUUCGCCGCUUCCCACGGUCACGGGGCGAACGGUCGCGCAUCAGCGCUUGCAACCAGUGCUUCUGCGCUCAAUGGUGACCAUGUGAAUGGCAACCACACCAACGGAAACACUGCUCAACUGCAUGGCAUCAACGGAUAUGGCUCACAGGCCAACGGACAUUCGUCCAAUGGCAACCAUGCCAAUGGGCGCGCUGACUCCGCUUUCAACGCUGGGGGCCCCUCGAGCUCUGCUGCAUCCGCCAGUCGUCCCAAUAUUCUUUUCGUCAUGGCCGACCAGCUGGCCGCGCCGCAACUUCGCAUGUACAACGAAAAGUCUCAGAUCAAGACACCAAACCUCGAUCGUCUCGCAAGCGACGCCGUCGUGCUCGAAUCUGCAUAUUGCAACUCUCCGCUCUGUGCCCCCUCCCGUAUGGCUCUCGUGACCGGCCAGCUUCCCUCCAAGAUUGGCUCCUAUGACAAUGCUGCUUCCAUCAGCUCCGACCUUCCCACCUACGCUCACUAUCUUCGCUCAGCGGGCUACGAGACUGUCCUGGCUGGAAAGAUGCACUUCAUCGGCGAUCAGCUCCACGGCUUCGAAAAGCGUCUCACUGCCGACAUCUAUCCAGGAGACUAUGGCUGGGCUGUCAAUUGGGAUGAGCCGGACCGCAGACUGGAGUGGUACCACAACGCCUCGAGCAUCCUUCAAGCCGGUCCAUGCGUACGAUCCAACCAGAUGGAUUACGACGAAGAGGCCCUCUACAAAUCCAAGCAGUAUCUCUUUGACCAUGCCCGCCGCCGUGGCGGUGGCGCCGAUGCGCGACCCUUUGCUCUCACCGUUAGCUUCACACAUCCGCACGACCCUUACACCAUCGAGGAGGAGUAUUGGAACCUCUACGAAGGCGUCGACAUCAACAUGCCCGAAGUCGAGAUCCACCCAGACAGGCAAGAUCCUCAUUCAAAGCGUCUCCGUCACGUCUGCGACCUAGAGGGCAGAAACUUUACGCCCGAGCAGGUCAAGCGUGCCAAGCGCGCCUACUAUGGUUCCGUUUCGUACGUUGAUGCCAAGAUCGGCGAGCUGCUCAGCACGCUUGACAAGUGCGGCUUACGCGACGACACCAUCAUCGUCUUCAGUGGCGAUCAUGGAGACAUGCUUGGCGAGCGAUCCUUGUGGUACAAGAUGAGCUACUUUGAGAGCUCGGUCCGUGUGCCGCUUCUGUUCAACUACCCAAAGAUGUUUGCCCCUCGCAGGGUAAAGGCCAACGUAUCAACCAUGGAUCUGUUGCCCACCUUUUGCGAUAUCAUCGGCAUCCCGCUGCAACCUCAAUUGCCGCUCGACGGCACCAGCAUGUUCCCGCACCUCGUCGGACAAACGGGUCAUGACACCGUCAUCGCAGAGUACAUGGGAGAAGGUACCGUCGCCCCCCUUUUCAUGAUCCGUCGCGGCCCCUGGAAGUACGUCACUUGUCCCGUCGACCCCCCUCAGCUUUUCAAUCUGGCACACGACCCCAGGGAGCUCAUCAACCUCGCUUCGGACAGGAACUCCCUCGACGCACAGACAAGGGCGACCCUCGAAGCUUUCGAGAUUGAAGCACUCAAGCGUUGGGACAUGGCAAAGAUCACCGAGGACGUGCUGGCGGUGCAGCGCCGCAGACGCUUCGUCUUUUCCAGCCUCAAGCAGGGCGCCUGGACCUCUUGGGAUUAUCAGGUGCCUACCGACACGCAGAACAUGUACAUUCGUUCUCAUCUUGAUCUCGACGACCUCGAGCGCAUGGCCCGCUUCCCUCCCGUCGACGAGUUUGGCCGCACCCUUCCUGCGUCGUCAAACGCCGCAGCGCACAUCGACGCAAAAUUGCAGCACGCAUAG